AUCUCAACCAACUCGUUGAAACAGUAUGCUUUAACUAUGCUACAACUAUAGUUACAACUAUAGAUACAACUAUAGAUACAACUAUAGCUACCAAAACAAUGACCGAAAUCUCCAAUCCGCGACGACUACUCAUCCUCUCGCCACCUUCACACUCGCAGACCGUCAUUCCGCCCUUCCUCAAAUCCCUGACGGGUGUUCUUCCAGAGACAGAGACAGGCUCGUUCGCAGGGUACACGACGCAUCCGGCGCUCCAGCUCCGAACGAAAUAUUACGCCGCGGACGUGCCCGUAUGGGUGGACGAGAUCCCUCUGGAGAAAGCAGCCCAGCAGACCUGGACGCACGAGUUUUCCGGCUCCGAGGCCCGGAUCGUGCGCGACGCGAUCGGCGCGGUGGCCGUGUGCGUGCAGAACCAUGACGGGGCAUCUGUGGAGGGAGUGAAACCACUCUUGAAAGCUGUUGGGGAGGUGAAAUCCGUGAUCGAGACGGAACGGGGGAUGGGCGAGGUGCCCGGGUUGCUUGUUCUUGUUGGGAAAGUUACGGCGCCUAUUGGAGAGGAAAGCGAGAAUGAACCAGAAGACUUUACGAGUGCGUGGUGGGAGGAUCAGCUCUGUGAGCUUGGCUUGAUGGAGUUUGAAGUCGUGGUUUGGGAUCCGAAAGGGAAGGAUUGUGAUAAACGCAAUGUGUUUGGUGAAUACGAAGGAAUGCGCCGGGUAAGAGAAGUCCUCGAAACACACGAAUGGGAGGGAGAUCAGCACCACGACGACGACUUGGAGAAGACUCUACUCGGGCUGGACGGGGAACAGCAAGGGUUCGAGUUGGAGGUCGACGAGCUCGAACGCGAGAUGCUAGGCCUGCGCUUCGCGAUGGGGCGGGAGGAAUCCGGCGAUGGGCAGGACGACGAUGAGGAAAUCAAGGCGGAGUCGUUGGAGGCGCUCAUGGUGCGCAUGAAAGCCAUACGAGAUAUGAGUGCGGAGUUGCCUGUGGAAGAACGGAGAAAGUUCGCUGCUAAAGCGGUUGGAGAGAUCAUGAAGGAGUUAUAGAGGUAUCUUUUUUUACGCCCGCUUCUUCCCCCGGAGAACCUUGCGUCUCUGCGCAAUCAUGUGUGUGUAGAGAAUAUAAGAGCCUGGAAUGGUCAGGGAUUGUCUGGACAAAAAAAAAAGUAUGCAAUGGAUAUAUACCUGGAA